GUGAACGAAGCUUUGACUGCCGUACGCCAGGUGGUGCAGUCGAUAGGUCGACAACUGCAGGUUUUUGGGCUGGCUUUUCGUAAGAUCUACAAAGAAGAAUGUCGCAACCGGGGCAACAAGCGCAGGGGGCGCAACCCACCUCCACAAGCGGCUCCUCAAGUAGCAAUAUACCCGUGAGACAAGAGUGUAGCAUUCCUGGCAAGGAACGAUGGGUCUUGUGGCGCACGACGUUUGAAAUAGACGAGAAAUACCAGCCUAUCAAGGCCAUCGGAAAGGGCGCCUAUGGUGUUGUGUGCUCGGCUAAGAACUCAGAAACUAACGAGAAGGUGGCUAUCAAGAAGAUUGGGAAUGCAUUUGAGAACCUCACGGAUGCCCGGCGGACGCUGCGGGAGAUAAAAUUGCUACGGCACCUUAAGCACGAGAACAUUAUCGCCGUCAAGGAUAUCCUGAAGCCACCCUCCAGGGACAAGUUCAACGAUGUCUACCUGGUGUAUGAGCUCAUGGACACGGACCUGCACCAGAUCAUCCGCUCGUCGCAGCCGCUCACAAACGAGCACUUCCAAUACUUCAUCUACCAGGUUCUGCGAGGCCUGAAGUAUGUGCACUCGGCUAACGUCCUGCACCGUGACCUCAAACCCAGCAACCUGCUGCUCAACGCCUCGUGCGACCUCAAAAUCUGCGACUUCGGCCUAGCGCGGACGGGGCUCUUGCGAGCCGUACCCCUCUGUCACCCUUUCCCAACCAAUAUGUCCCCACCAACCCAAUGCAAACAACAGCUCGGAGCGCAACUUCAUGACGGAGUACGUGGUGACACGCUGGUACCGCGCACCGGAGCUACUGCUGUCCUGUGAGCACUACACAGCGGCCAUCGACAUGUGGUCUGUGGGCUGCAUCAUGGCCGAGCUGCUGGGUCGCAAGCCGCUGCUGCCGGGCAAGGACUACGUGGACCAGCUGAAGCUCAUCAUCAAGACGCUGGGGCCGCCCUCCGAGGACGACCUCACCUUCAUCACCAGCCAGAAGGCGCGAGCCUACAUCCGGGCACUGCCGCCGUCGGAGAAGGUGAACUUCCGCAAGAAGUUCCCAGAUGCGGACCCGCUGGCCAUCGACCUGAUGGAGAAGAUGCUGCACUUCGACCCGCGGAAACGCGUGGACGUCACGCAAGCGCUCAAGCACCCCUGGCUGGCGCAGCUGCAUGACGAGGCGGCGGAGCCCAGUGCGCCAU